CUAAAGCAAAUUAGCAGUAACGUUUAGUCUUUUGGAUUUUGGAUGGGAUCUGCGUGAAAAGUUUGUUUGCGAAGAAUUAUUUAAAAAUUUCCAAAAAUUAGCUUGCACCUGGCGAGCUAGCAGCAAGUUAACCCUGAGGCCUUCGUCUCCCUUCAGGACCCAAAGUCUCGUCUUUGUAUGCGACUCAUACUAGUACGCUCUUGUUAGUGAAGUACAUCAAGUUGUUCCCCGAGCGUGCUUUGAAAUUCUUCGUCCACAAUACGAGAAAAAGCGAAAGAAAUCUCCCCUUUUUUCUCUAGCAGUUUGUGCCGUUGCAGAGUAACUGAAAAAAAUGACCGGUCGUGCACGAGCAAGAUCAAGAGGCAGAGCACGUGGUCAAGAGACGGCAGCGCCCGGAGCGACCCAGGCCCAUGAGGCGGCACCAGCGCCUCCCCCUCCAGCAGAGGGCGAGCUGGUUGGCCGAGGCAGACAGAAGGGUGCUCCUGGAGCCAUAGCCAGAGAAGCUGUUCUGCAGAUCUCAACUGGAUUUCAGCAAGUGAAGCUUGGAGAACGAGGCGGACGCCGACGGGACUUUCAUGAUAUAGGAGUAUACACCAGACAGGCGAUGGAACAUGUGAAGGAAUCAAAGACUGGAACAUCCGGUGCCGCCAUCAAGUUGACUGCAAACUUCUUCCGGAUCCUGUCUCGCCCUCAGUGGAUUCUGUAUCAGUACCAUGUGGACUUCAAACCCCAGAUGGAGUCCAGGCGCCUGAGAUCUGCCCUCCUCUUCCAGCACUCAGAAGUCCUUGGUUCAGCUCGGAACUUCGAUGGCGCUCUGCUCUUCCUGCCUCACAGACUGCACAGCAAGGAGACUGUCCUCUACAGUGAGACAAGGAAUAAGGAGAAGGUUUUGAUAACAGUCACCUUGACAAACGAGCUGCCACCCACAUCACCAGUGUGCAUUCAGUUUUACAACCUCAUCUUCAGACGGAUCCUUAGAGUUCUGAACAUGCAGCAGAUUGGACGCAACUACUACAACCCCAAUGAGCCACACGAGAUCCGACAGCACAGAUUAACAGUUUGGCCGGGGUACUCCACCACCAUCCUCAAUUACGAGUCCUCCAUCAUGAUGUGCACCGACGUGAGCCACAAGGUGCUUCGUAGUGACACGGUGCUCGACCUCAUGGUCAGCCUGAGGCAGCAGUGUGGAAGAGAACGCUACACUGACAUCUGUGCCAAGGAGCUUAUUGGCCAGAUCGUCCUCACAAAGUACAACAACAAAACCUACAGGGUUGAUGACAUUGCCUGGGAUCACACUCCCAACAACACUUUCACUAGAGGAGACACAGAAAUCUCUUUUAGGAACUACUACAAGAACCAAUACGGUCUGGACAUCACUGAUGCGAACCAGGUGCUGCUGGUUAGCCAUGUGAAGAAGAUGGGCCCUGCUGGAGCGCCCCCUCCUGGCCCAGCUAUGCUUGUGCCAGAACUGUGCUACCUCACAGGGUUGACUGAUAAGAUGCGGAAUGACUUUACCAUAAUGAAGGAGUUGAGCACGCACACCAGACUGAACCCAGAUCAGAGGGAGAGGCAGCUCAACAGAUUUAUAACAAGCAUUCACAAGAACGCUGAUGCGCAGUCGGAGAUGUCAAAAUGGGGACUCAGCUUUGACGAGAAACUUCUGAACCUGACUGGCAGAGUCCUUGGAGGAGAGAGGAUUUUCCAAGGAUCAAGAUCCUAUGAUUACAACCCCCAAUCAGCUGACUGGUCCAGAGAGAUGCGUGGGAUUCCUGUGAUAAGCGCUCCUCCACUGGACAACUGGGUCGUGUUCCACUCCCGCCGUAACAGUAAUGAAGCGCAGUCCCUCCUGCAAACCCUGCACAAAGUCUCCGGGCCCAUCGGCAUCCGGAUGCAAAGGCCUAUGAUUGUUGAGUUUGAAGACAAUCAGCUCUCUCUCCUCAAAGCUCUGCAGCACAACGUGGGACAACAGACUCAAAUGGUGGUGGUUGUCCUUCCCAACAGCAACAAGGACAAGUACGACAGCAUUAAGAAGUACCUUUGUGUGGACUGUCCGACUCCCAGCCAGUGCGUGAUGGCCCGCACACUCAGCCGACCCCAGGCGCUCAUGACCGUGGCAACGAAGAUUGCCCUGCAGAUGGCCUGCAAAAUGGGAGGAGAGCUGUGGAGUGUGGAGAUCCCUCUCAAACAGCUGAUGAUUGUGGGCAUUGACUGCUACCAUGACACGUCUGCUGGGAAGCGGUCAAUCGGCGCUCUGGUGGCAAGCCUCAACCCGACCAUGAGCAGAUGGUACUCAAAGUGUGUCUUGCAGCACAAAGGUCAGGAAAUAAUGGAUGGACUGAAAAUGGCCCUGACUGGUGCCCUGAAAGACUACCUGAAGUUCAAUAACUGCCUGCCAUCUCGCAUCAUUGUGUAUCGGGAUGGAGUAGGAGACGGCCAGUUGCAAAGUGUCGUCAAUUACGAGGUGGCUCAGAUGAUGGACUCGAUCAAGUCCUUGGGGGAAAACUAUGAGCCCAAGUUGAGUGUGGUGGUGGUGAAGAAGCGCAUCAGCAGCAGGUUUUUCACCAUGAUUGGCGACAAGUUCACCAACCCACCUCCGGGCACCGUCAUUGACACAGAGGUCACCCGUCCUGAGUGGUACGACUUCUACAUCGUGAGCCAGUCUGUCAGAUCCGGAAGCGUUUCACCCACUCACUACAACGUCGUCUACGACACCAGCGGACUGAAGCCGGACCACAUGCAGCGGCUCACGUACAAGCUCUGUCACUUGUACUACAACUGGCAGGGAAUCAUCCGUGUUCCUGCUCCCUGCCAAUACGGCCAUAAACUGGCUUUCCUGGUUGGGCAGAGCAUUCACAAGCAGCCCAGCGUCAAGCUUGACGACUACCUUUUCUAUCUUUAAAGGACCGUUUUGUUUUUUUUGUUUUUUUUCUUUUGUCACUCACUCGAGUUUCCUUUAAAAGUGUGUGAUUUUGUUAGAAAAAAGCCAUUUGUAUGUGGUCCUGAAUAUUAUGUGUAACUUAGUUACACAGUUUUGUUUUUUUGUGUGUUAAAAAAAUACUGUUAGAAUAGUACAGUUCAGAAUGACGUUGGUGGUUCUUAAUAAAUGUUCAGACACUU